AUGCAAAAAGUCAACACGCGCUCGCUUAUCCAGCACCAGACCUGGAAGCGGCGCUUCAUCGUCACCUUCUGGAGCCUCCUGAUCCCCCUCCUCGCCAUCGACAUCGUCGUCCUCGGGGCCCUGCUCGGGAUCGAGCAGAACGGCCUGGACGACCCGAUGCAGGCCGUCGACGAAGACACGUCCAUCCAAGCCUGGACGGUCAUCAACAUGCUCGCAGCCAUCACCGCCUUCCUCACCAACGUCGUCAACCUCUCCAUGUACACCCACUCCGACCUGAGCCCCGCCAUCUACGUCGCCUGCAACGGCGCCGUCCUGGCCCUGUGGUCCAUCCCCUUCGUCUACAACAUCUACAUGAACACCACCCGCUGGGCCGACAAGGGCUACAACUACAUCUACGUCUACAUCGCGACCGGCCUGUCGAGCGUCAUCUUCACCACCAUGCUCCUCUCCACCCUCUACGCCGUCCAGGUCUUCCGCGCCCACCAGAGGCGCUCGCGCACCAUCCAGGAGAAGUACGCCGCCGAGUCGGAGCAGGCGCCCGAGGUCUUCUACAACUAG